AUGCCUGUGCUCGAGCAUGUUGGGCGAGUUUUGGCGGAAGAUUCUGAGCAACUCUUCCCACAGUACGGCCUUCUCGGUGGCUUGUCUGAUGUCUUAAUUGAUGACACGGUAAGGGAAGUACCCUUUCCAUCGAAGGGCCAGGACCCUCGUGUCUUCUUUAAUAUUUCAGCUCCGUCGAGCACUUUCAUUUGCGGUUCUCAAGGGUCUGGUAAGAGCCAUACCUUGUCUUGCCUACUAGAGAACUGUUUAUUCCCUUCCGAUGCGAGCAAGCUUCCCCACCCGCUCACUGGCCUUGUUUUCCACUAUGAUACGUUCAUCUCUGACGACGGAGGCUCGCCUUGUGAAGCUGCAUUCCUAUCCUCGAACCCCAAUAUCACCGUACGAGUAUUGUGCUCCCCAACCAAUCGAGCCUACCAUGCCUUGAAUGUCCAGAUUGAGCCGCUACGCAUAAAUCAAAGUGAUCUGAAUACUAAGCGUAUACUAGACCUAAUGGCAGUGAGCCAUGACGAUGGGCCGGUGCCUCUCUACAUGCACACCAUCUACCGCAUUCUACGAGACAUGCGCAUGGAGCAGCAAGAGCGAGGAAUUACCUUCGAUUAUAGCACGUUUAAACGUCGCAUCCUAGCAACCGACCUGACUCCUUCCCAGCUGGGCCCUCUCAAACAGCGCCUUGACACGCUGGAGAGUUUCAUGCCCCAAGCACAAACGGGAUCUAGCCAGACAGAUGAGAAGGCUAAUUGGAAAGGCAAAGAGAAGAAGGGCAAAGCUAAGGCAUCCGAGAGGCAGGGUAACAAUUGGACUUCCGUGCCGGGCUGCCUUACCAUCGUUGACCUCUCUUGCCCAUGCGUCACCCCAGAAGGAGCUUGCUCCCUGUUCAAUAUCUAUUUGAGCAUUUUCUUGGAGGAGAGCAUGACCGUAGGUCGAGUCAUUGCGCUGGAUAAAGCACAUAAGUACAUGAAUACCUCAGCUGAGGCAUCAACCUUCACAAACACACUUCUUUCCACAGUCCGAUUACAACGUCACCUCGGUGUCCGUAUCAUUAUCUCAACACAGGAACCCACCAUCUCGCCAGCGCUCCUAGACUUAUCCUCAGUCACUAUCGUGCAUCGCUUCACAUCGCCCGAGUGGCUGCAUAGUUUGAAGAGCCACCUAGCAGGGGUCGCUUCUGACCUAGUCGACAGCGAGGAGGGCGAUUGGGACACGGUGAGGACCAAAGGCAGACCAACCAUUGCGGGUAAGGUGUUUAGGGAGGUUGUGAAGUUAAGAGUUGGAGAGGCGCUCUUGUUUGCGCCAGCUGCUGUGAUAGAAGGUGGGCCGGCAUUGCAGGGGCUUGGUGCAGGGUUCGUGAAGAUUAGAAUCAGAGCGAGAUUGACAACUGAUGGAGGCACAAGUGUUAUGGCGACUUAG